AUGGCCCUGCGGCUUGCAUCCAUUGCUGUCUACCUGGCCACGGCAAUGGCGUCGUGCGGUGAGGAUGAGACUUGCCAGUUCGAGAUGGCAACAAGGUUUGCCCCUGUCUUGCGUCUCGACAAGACCACGGUGGACGAGUUGCGCUGCCUUCCGGGGCAUCCCGAAUACACAUACAACAUACGCAAGACUGGCAAUACCGACGUAAUUUGUGAAAGCGACAUCACGAAGCUGGAGCGUGGGGAGGUGCCUAUUUUCUACAGGUAUGAGGAGUGCGCUGAGGGAGUGGUCAUCCUCAUCUACUACAUCUGGUACAGCCAUCAGCCGGCCUGUCUGGACAUCAACGUUGCCAACAUUGUGGAACAGGACUUUGGCGCCCAUAAGGCUGACUGGGAGCGGAUCGCUGUUCACAUUCGGAUGAACCAGGUCGUGAAAGUGCGCUUCCACCAGCAUCGGGGCUCCUACACCAAGGCCAGGCAAAACAUGGAGUUCGAUGGCAACUCCCAGCACACGGUGAUCUACGUGGGGCAGGACAGCCAUGGUUCUUACCACAACGCUGGUGGGACUGGAAAUUGCCUUUACUUCCAAGACUUUCGACGCUUUGAGGAUCCACGACUGAAGCUGGAGGGCUGGCAUUUUCUAAUCGACAUCAAGAACAAGAGCACGAAUCUCCCGGAGUGGUUCUGGGGCGACCGGCAGUACUAUGAUGGUUACCCCUCGCCUGGCGAGCUCGUCCACAAGGACCAGGGUUGCAACGACAAUUCAUGCAGGGGCGUGGAUAAGUACAACUAUCUCACUGGAAUCUGCACGGGUGUGAUCUGUGGCUGUCGACGGAGUGACUGGUGCGACGAUGUGCCAUUCGGCUCGACGAUGGAGGAGAAACCAUGCGAUACGAGUAGAAUGGAUGACCUCCAGGAUCAAGCUAAAGAUUUCAUCGGGAGUCUCUUCGACAGGAACUCAGACACAGCAUCGAUCAGUGGAACUGUCAACUUUCAGAGGUUUGCGGGGGCCUUGCUCAUUGGGUGUCUACAACUCUCACUGGGAGUAGUGUGCUGA